AUGGCGAACCUCAACUUUCAAUACUCUAGUGCGCCUCUGCGCUCCAUCCAAGAGAUCCAGUUUGGGCUUCUCUCACCCGAAGAAAUUAAGAAUAUGAGUGUGGCUCCUAUAGAGUACCCCGAGACGAUGGACGAGCAGAAUCUGCGGCCCCGACAGAUGGGCUUGGCGGAUCCGCGACUUGGUUCUAUUGACAGAGCUGUCAAGUGUGGUACCUGCGAUGAAAACAUGUCAGAAUGUCCAGGACAUUUUGGACAUAUUGAACUCGCAGUACCUGUUUACCAUGUUGGUUUUAUGACGAAAAUAAAGAAACUGCUGGAAACAGUAUGCCACAACUGCGGCAAGAUAUUAGUAGAUGAAAGCAACCCAGCGUUUGCGGAUGCGAUACGUCGCAGAGACCCCAAGAAACGCUUCGACUUGGUCUGGCGGCUUUGCAAACCUAAAAUGAUCUGCGAGACCACGAUGGCAUUGGACGAUGACGCCCCAUCGGACAAAACAAAAGAGCCAAAGCAUGACCAUGGUGGCUGUGGAAACAUACAACCUGAAGUGCGACGAGAAGGACUCCGACUGACUGGUACCUGGAAAGCCCAAAAAGGCGACGAGGAAAACGAGGGCCAACAGCCUGAGAAAAAACCCAUCACGCCACAAAUGGCCCUCAAUAUCUUCCGCCACAUCUCUACAGAGGAUAUCAAACGAAUGGGGUUGAGCAAUGAUUAUGCACGCCCUGAAUGGAUGAUUAUCACUGUCCUUCCUGUGCCACCUCCGCCCGUACGGCCUAGCAUUUCUGUGGACGGAGGUAAUGGUCCCCGUGGCGAAGACGACUUGACAUACAAGCUUGGCGAUAUCAUCCGUGCAAACGGCAAUGUCCGACGUUGCGAAACAGAAGGCUCCCCCGCGCAUGUUGUUAAUGAAUUCGAGCAGCUGUUGCAAUUCCAUGUUGCUACCUAUAUGGACAACGAUAUCGCUGGUCAGCCCCAAGCCCUGCAAAAGUCUGGACGUCCUGUCAAGUCCAUACGUGCUCGUCUCAAGGGCAAGGAAGGUCGUCUACGGGGGAAUCUCAUGGGAAAGCGCGUUGAUUUCUCCGCUCGUACCGUUAUCACAGGAGACCCGAAUCUCUCUCUUGACGAAGUAGGUGUGCCGAGAAGCAUCGCAAGAACACUUACAUACCCUGAGACCGUGACUCCUUACAACAUUCAAAAGCUACACCAGCUUGUCAAAAACGGACCAAACGAGCACCCAGGUGCGAAGUACGUGAUUCGUGAUACAGGGGAGCGGAUAGAUCUGCGUCACCAUAAACGAGCCGGAGAAAUCUCCCUACAGUACGGGUGGAAAGUUGAGCGACACAUUGUGGAUGGUGACUAUAUCAUUUUCAACCGACAACCUUCGCUGCAUAAGGAGUCAAUGAUGGGGCAUCGCGUACGGGUCAUGCCUUAUUCCACAUUUCGCCUGAAUCUCUCCGUCACCUCUCCCUAUAACGCUGAUUUCGACGGAGACGAGAUGAAUUUGCACGUACCUCAGAGCGAAGAGACACGCGCAGAAAUCAACCAGCUCUGCAUGGUUCCGUUGAAUAUUGUAUCGCCUCAACGAAAUGGACCGCUGAUGGGCAUCGUGCAAGACACAUUGUGUGGUAUCUACAAGAUGUGUCGACGAGAUGUAUUCUUGACCAAGGAACAAGUCAUGAACAUACUGCUCUGGGUUCCAGACUGGGAUGGUGUGAUCCCUCAGCCUGCCAUUGUCAAGCCGCUGGCGAAGUGGACUGGCAAGCAGAUCUUGAGUCUGGUCAUCCCAACAGGCUUAAAUCUUCUGCGAGGAAGCGAGGAAGGAUUCUCGCCGCUCAACGACGAUGGACUGUUGAUAUCUGGCGGCGAACUGAUGUAUGGUCUCCUCAACAAGAAAACCGUUGGUGCUUCAGGGGGUGGGGUUAUCCACAUCGUUUUCAACGAGAAAGGUCCCGAGGCUGCCAUGAUCUUCUUCAAUGGAGCUCAGACGGUUGUCAACUAUUGGCUACUGCAUAACGGAUUCAGUAUUGGCAUCGGCGAUACCAUACCAGAUCGCCAUACUAUACAGCAGAUCGAGAAUGCGGUCAAUAAUCAAAAGGCGGAAGUAUUGGAGAUCACUCGGAGCGCAACUGAAAACGAGCUUGAGUCUCUUCCAGGUAUGAAUGUUCGAGAGACGUUCGAAAGCAAGGUCUCAAAAGCACUGAACAAAGCUCGUGACGACGCCGGCACCGUAACUGAAAAGAGCCUCAAGGAUCUCAACAAUGCCACUCAAAUGGCUCGCUCUGGAUCUAAAGGCUCAACUAUCAACAUCUCUCAGAUGACAGCUGUGGUAGGUCAGCAGUCUGUCGAGGGCAAGCGGAUACCUUUUGGGUUCAAAUACCGGACUUUGCCUCAUUUUACAAAGGAUGAUUACUCACCAGAAUCGAGAGGGUUCGUCGAGAACUCGUACUUGCGAGGCUUGACCCCGACGGAAUUCUUCUUCCAUGCCAUGGCUGGUCGUGAGGGCCUUAUUGAUACAGCCGUGAAGACAGCCGAGACGGGUUACAUUCAGCGCCGUUUGGUCAAGGCAUUGGAAGAUGUUAUGGCUAAAUACGAUGGCACUGUACGCAAUUCUCUUGGCGACAUUGUCCAAUUCGUCUAUGGUGAGGAUGGCCUCGACGGUGUCCACAUCGAACAGCAACGUGUUGAUAUCAUCGCAUGCUCGACCAAGCAAUUUGAGCGGAAGUUUCGGGUUGACCUCAUGGACUCGAAGCCGGAAACAAGCAUCUCUCCAGAAUUUUUAGAGCAAGCCAAUGAGAUGAUCGGAGACGUUGAGACACAGAAACACCUCGAUAACGAGUACCGACAGCUUGAGAAGGACCGCGCUGAAUUGCGCAAGAACAGGCAAGAUGACACUGAGAAUCUGCAACUUCCUCUCAAUGUCAUUCGCAUGUUGGAAACGGCGAAAACGACAUUCAAGAUCAAGAAUGGCGCACGAAGCAAUCUGCAUCCGGCGGAGGUCAUUCCACAAGUUCAAGAUCUACUCGAUCGGCUCGUCGUCGUUCGAGGCACCGAUAGACUUUCCGAAGAAGCUCAGCAUAACGCGACCUUGCUUUUCAAAAUACAGCUUCGUUCGCGUUUAGCCUUCAAACGUCUGGUCAUGGAGAAUUCUCUCAACAAGCUCGCAUUUCAGCACGUACUAGGUGAGAUUGAGAGUCGUUUCUGCCGCGCUGCUGUCAACCCUGGCGAGAUGGUUGGAGUCUUGGCCGCACAGUCGAUUGGAGAGCCUGCUACCCAAAUGACUUUAAAUACCUUCCAUUUUGCCGGUGUUUCCUCCAAGAACGUCACGUUGGGCGUGCCUCGUCUGAAGGAGAUUUUAAACGUGGCCACGAAUAUCAAGACUCCAUCAAUGACGGUCUAUCAGGAGGAGGGAAUGACAGGAAACCAAGAGAGCGCGAAACUGCUUCGAAGUGCUGUGGAACAUACAACUCUCCGCUCUGUCACCGAAACUACUGAGGUAUACUACGAUCCGGACAUUCAAUCAACGGUCAUUGAAGCAGACCGUGACAUGGUGGAGUCUUAUUUCAUCUUGCCCGGAGGCGAUGUUGAAGACCAAUUUCGACAAUCACGUUGGCUUCUUCGGAUUAUACUUGGCCGUCGCGCUCUGCUUGAUAAGGGUUUGACCGUUCAAGACGUUGCUGCCAAGAUUAAGGAGAAUUACGCUAAAGAUCUUGCCGUCAUUUUCAGUGAUGACAAUGCUGAUGAACAGGUGGUUCGAAUCCGCAUGAUCCAAGACCAUGGCAAAGGAGACGAGGACGACGAUCUUGAAGAAGAUCUGAUGCUCAAACGACUCGAAAACCACAUGCUUGACACGCUCACUUUACGAGGCGUUCCUGGUAUCGAGCGAGCGUUUCUCAACACGCGCAUGAAGAUUCGUACGACAGAGGACGGAUCUAUGGUUAGCUCCAAAGAUGAUCCUCUCUGCAAAGAAUGGUUCCUGGACACCAGUGGCUCGUCUCUCGCCGAAGUUCUGACCAUACCUGGUGUUGAUACGAAGCGUACAUAUUCGAACUCUUUCAUCGAAGUCUUCGAAGUCUUCGGUAUUGAGGCCUCCAGAUCAGCUCUCAUGCGCGAAUUGACUCAAGUGUUGGCUUUUGACGGUUCAUACGUCAACCAUCGCCAUUUGGCACUACUUGUCGAUGUGAUGACUGCUCGGGGUUCUCUCAUGGCCAUUACUCGCCAUGGUAUAAACAGGGCUGAUACAGGUGCAUUGAUGAGAUGUUCUUUCGAAGAGACGGUUGAGAUUCUCUACGAGGCUGCCGCCUGCGGGGAGCUCGAUGACUGUCGAGGUGUUUCCGAGAACGUCAUGCUUGGACAAUUGGCUCCACUUGGGACAGGAGAGCUGGAGGUUUUCCUAGAUCAGCACAUGCUUGACACGGUCAUCAGUGACAAUGCACGACUGGGCAUCAUGCCUAAUAUCGGUGUCAAAGGCAACGUCAUGGCAGAUGGGGCCGCUACGCCAUACGACAGUGGCUCACCUAUGCAAGACGGAAGUGGAUACCUAGGAAGCCCCGAUUAUGGCGCGGCAUUCUCACCGAUUGUUCAGUCUGGCGGCGCUACCCCUGGCGGAUUUACUGAAUACCAGCCUCAGGGUUUCGGUGGUGGCUUGUCUCCAUACAGUAGCAGAAGUCCAGGUGGCUAUAGCCCAAGUUCUCCGUUCAACACUUCGCCCACAAGUCCUUUUGGUGCCUCGCCGUCGUCCCCAGGGUUCUACAGUCCGACGAGCCCGUCAGGAGCUUUUGCAUCCAGUCCGAAGUUCUCGCCUGCCUCGCCGGCCUACGCCGCCUCACCCGCGUUUACUCCCACAAGUCCUUCCUACUCGCCUUCAAGCCCUGCUUAUGGUCUUGGCGUCUCUCCGACCAGCCCCAGCUACAGCCCAACGAGUCCCUCAUACAGCCCGACGAGUCCCUCAUACAGCCCGACAAGUCCAUCAUAUUCUCCCUCUUCGCCGGCAUUUGGCAAGGCCUCUGGAAUCUCGCCCACCAGCCCAGUAUACAGCCCGACAAGUCCCUCAUACUCCCCUUCGAGCCCCAACUACAAUCCUCAAGCUGCCGGCAAGCAACAAAGCCCUACGAGCCCGGUUUAUAGCCCUACUAGUCCAAUGGGCUACUCACCUUCGAGUCCUCAAUUCACCCCUGGAUCAGAUCCAAGGUCCAUCAGUCCAUCUUCAAGUUCACCGAAGUGGACGCCUACUAGUCCAACGUUUAGCCCAGAGCAGUAG